AUCAAAUUGAAAUAAAGCGGCGGACAUUCGAACUUCUCAGCAUUGGCGGUGUUAUACGGUUCGGCUGCGUAUUUCGCUCGCAUUAUCGCUACAAGUCUGUCGACUAUGUUACCCGGUGGGUACAUCAUCGACUUGGACGACAAAAUAGUAAAAGAUGCUCUACCUUCCGUUCAGGCUGCCUGUCUCAGACGAGCUAUUCUCCAGACGUUGAGUCAACCGAAAGUGGAUCACCUUACCCUAGACAAACUACUUUACGAUUACGCCAGAUGUGUGGACAACAUGAAAGGGCUUAACAACUAUGCAGACGCCAUAAUGCGGCUGGCGCAGGGUUGCGAAAAUGAUAGCGCACACUGGCGCAGUUCCCUACAGCCAGAAGAUAUAAUGAACCAACUGAAUACACAAGACAAUCAAGAGAAUAUUGAUGGAAUGACCGAAUCACCUAUGGAUUCUGAACACUUAUCAAAACUUUGCAAUCUAUUAUCCGGCCUGUUCUCUGUCGAAGAACGCGCACCCGAGCCUGGUGACUCAGCACCUGUUUUGCCAUCAAGUGAGCUCGUCAGUCCAAACGUCCCACGACAUGAAGGCGGACAAGUCACCACGUUCCCUUCGAGACCAAGUACUAAACGCCCCUGUCCCGGCUCCAGCACAGUUGUCCGCCCUACCGUUAACUCCGAAACGGAUACCUGUGAACCAAAACGAUCGCAAGUCGAACAGGAGGUGCAGCCGAGGCCGGAUAAUAUGUUUAAGACGGCUGGGGCCGUGCUACAGCAAAAUAUCCAAAUGAGACAACCGGGGGAUGCUCGCCUGAUAGGAUAUGGUUCAUCCAGACGAACUCUCGGUGGCCGACGUGGGCCCGGCAGUCGCUUCGUACCACCCGUUCUCGGUGCAUCUACCGGCAGUCCAGGUGCAGCACCAAACUCACAACCUCCGGCAUCCAUCGCAGACAACCCAGCACCAUUUAGCGGUGAAGAGCAUUCUUCUGUCGUGGAUGAACGUCUGAAGCAAUUUGAUGCUAAAAUAAUCGACUUGAUUUCAAGCGAGAUUAUGGAUUCCAAAUGUCCCAUCGCUUGGGAAGAUAUCGCGGGUUUAGAAUUUCAAAAGAAAACGUUGAAAGAAGUCGUCAUUUUGCCCAUGUUGAGGCCUGAUCUGUUCACUGGCCUCCGCGGCCCUCCGAAAGGACUCUUGCUUUUCGGCCCUCCUGGGACUGGGAAAACGCUUAUAGGUAAGUGAUCAAUCGUCACUACUGGAACACCGUUUUGUGUUAGGCUAGCAAAAUAAUUGGCAUGCUAGCCGCCAGUCUCACGGCUUUGAAACCAGACGCACCAUACUGCGCCAACUCCAUCUGUCACAUAUUUAUCUCAGCAACAUAGGUCUCCGUUUUUCUUCAGUCAAUGUGUAGAUCUGAGACAUCUUUUAGUUUAUGAUUUCUCAGCGAGUGACGUGUGACCAGACAAUCAGCCUAUUGCCCCGCUUCAUCAAUGUAUAUCGGCCUAGCUGAACAUAAUGAUGACUCUUCAAUUUGUGUGAACUACAGGAAAGUGUAUUGCCUCGCAAAGCCAAUCAACCUUCUUCAGCAUUAGCGCAUCGUCACUCACCUCGAAAUGGGUCGGUGAGGGCGAAAAGAUGGUUCGCGCUCUUUUCGCUAUUGCUCGCAUCCACCAACCGGCGGUCAUCUUUGUCGAUGAAGUUGAUUCUUUACUUACCCAACGAUCGGAAACAGAACACGAGUCCAGCAGGCGAAUCAAAACGGAAUUUCUGGUGCAGUUGGUGAGCAUUGUACUUUUUGAAUGGUUUUCGGUUUUCCAGUUGUUCUUUACUUUCAAGCGUUACUAAUGUUGUUCCACAGUAGUCGUGGUUGUUUGUAGAUGCUGAUUGCCCAUCACUUGUUUUACCAGUUCGAUUAUCUCUAGAUUUGUGGCAUGAAACGAUUGACUAAUUUUCUCUAACCUAUAUCGAUAUUUCUCGAAUGCAGUUGCGACAUCUCGUCGGUUAAGAUCACAUCAGACCGAGUUAACAAGUUUGGUUGACCUAGAAGGCAUGGUGUUUCAAGCUGUACGUAAAGAGACUACGGGUUAUUCCGUAGCGUUCGGCUUCCCUUUUGCGGUUGCUAUACCUCACUUUGUUUGGUAAAUGCAACUACACGGCUCUCUCUAUCUCUCUCUCUCUCUCUCUCU